GGAACCUUCCAGACGGUGCAGGGUGAGGGCGUUGGCGGCCUGAGGCCCCGGUGCUUUGCCGCGAAACCUCGUACCGUGUGUUCGGUCCCCGAUGGCGCGGCUUUGGGCUGAGUGCAGGCCGAUGCCACGGUGAUCGCCCGCCUCUGGUCGCAAAGAGCUGAACUUGUUAGAUUGUUGCUGUUUGAUCUUUAGCUCCCACAUCUUCAGCAUGAAAUGUACCCAGGUUGUCAGAUUGUCAGCUCUUCCAGCAGGUCUUGGACUAGUGUCAUUCAGAGUAUACGCUUCAAGCAAAAAUCAGUAUGAUAAGGAUCCCAUCAAACCUGACCAGCUUUCAGUUUACAAUGAACCUUCAACAAACUGCAAGUUUGUAGUCGAACAGCCAGGUCGGUUGUUGAAGGGAAUUUCUACUCUGAGACAGUCUAUUCAACCAUAUGCUGCUCAAUGCAAGGGUGCAUAUAAUGCUGUUAAAAAUGGUGCAGAAAACUCUGUUGCAUUUGGCAAAGGAGCCUAUGUCUUUCUCAAGAAUCCGCCUGAAGGUUUCUUUCCAAGAAUGAGUGUGAUAACAGUAUCCGGGUUGGCUGGACUAGUUCUGGCAUCAAAAGGUUCACGGGUUCAGAAAAUGGUAUAUCCAGUAGGACUUGCAGCUGUGGGAAUGGCCAUUUGCUACCCCCAGCAAGCUAUAGCCGUAGCUAAGUUUUCUGGCCAGAAAAUGUAUUCCAUUAGUCAAGGGAGUUAUGAGGCAAUUCGAUCCCUCUGGAAACAGAGUCCUCAACAAAAAAAAGGAACGACAAAGAAUGAAGACCUAGAGGUCACUGAAAGACAGGCAAACACGGGGAAACUUGAUAGAUUAGAAGACAAAUACCCUCCGCUGGCAGAGAAUCAGCAGCCAACGAUAUCAGAAAUUGCUUUUCUACCAGCAGAAGAAAAACUCGUGAAUCCACUUGAUCCUAACUUGCUCGACCAUGGUCAGGCAAAUCCUGAAGAUACAGACUUGUACAGCACUCGAAGUUAAGGGCCCAGAUUACUACAUAAAAUUGCAAUUUAUAGUGUUUGAACCUGUUGGUAGUGUCUAAUCUCAUAAAUUUAGAGAAUCAAAUUAUACCUUUUAUGUUAAUACGUUAAGUUACUUUAUUGUAUGGUGCCUAUUUAUUUGUAUCUCUGAUUUUUUAAGAAAGUGUUCAUAAUCCUGUCUCUUGUUUAAAAUCUUUUGUGUUCAAUUUACACUUGUAAUAAAUACACUAGCUUGUUUUCUGUCAACACAUUUGUAAAACAAUUGACUACAUCUAGAAAAUAGAACAGGGAUUGUUUACUUUUCCAUUUGCAAACUUAAACCCCCUCCAUUCUCUUACAAUAUUGGCUCCCAUGCCCUUACACCAAAUGUCUUACCUCCAAGCUUGGAUCUUUCUCUAGUUUCCUUCCCACAUCACUUUAUCAUCUGUCUUGGCACCCAUGAGAAUUCCCCCCCUUGCUCCAUUUUCUUGAAUCAACUGAAUGUUUUGAAUUUCCUUCCCAAACUUGAAGUUCUCUGAUAUUGUUAAUAAUGCUCUCCUUGUGGGUGGCUCUGAAUUUCUUUAAAUCUAUCAAUGUCUCCCUUCUCAAAAAUCCACUCCUUGCAUUUAAUUAAAGUAUCAUCUUGUACAACACCAAAGAUGCGUUUUUGAUUUCUGAAUACAGGUCUCUGUUCCAUCACUACACCUGCUCGCAGAAUGAGCUUGACAAAAUCUGUCUAUCUCAUAAGAAUGGCUUUCUGCUUACAAUUGGAAAACAAACUGACUGUGAUAUAAAUCUUAAACUUCACUGCUUUGGGGAGGUUGUGCCUGAAUUGGCUGUUUUAUGAUUUCUAUUCAUUUGGUCUUGGUCUUGCAUUGAGAAUCCACUGCAAAAUUAGUAUGCAUUGUAAUUGGAAGUUGCAGUUGUUCAAAGGUAUUUAGUAUUCACCAUUAUUUCAGUAAUCUUGCAAUUUAUUAGUACAACAUGAAAUGAGCUUUUAACAUCCCCGCACAUUUGUCAAAGGAACACAUCAGGAAUCCUAUGCACUAGUUAAAAGAUGGAAUUUCUCAGGACUCAAGGAAUUAACAUGCCAAAGUAAAUGCAAGUACAAGGUAAAGGAAGAAUUUAGAAAUACUAAAAGGAAAUGGUUAAAGAGUGGCUUACAUAUUUUGUCUCCAGUUUUAUAAGUGCAACAGCCAGAUCCUUAAGCUGGUAUACUCUGACUUUGUCAAAUAUUUUUGAUAUUUAUGGUUUUUCCUUAAGAGGGAAGACAUUACACUGACUUGUCAUGUAAUCCUAGAUACAGAUGUCAAUGUUGUGAUUCCAUCAUUGUGGACAAAGCAGCUACUUUGUGUAAAAUAUCCACUGCAUAAUAGUUGGUGACAAUAAAUUUAGUUCCUAAUCCA